AUGACUAAGGGUACACAGGCCUUCGGUAAGAAACAUGUAAAAUCGCACACGUUGUGCAAACGUUGUGGGCGAUCGAGUUUCCACAUCCAGAAGAAGAGAUGUGCAUCGUGUGGAUAUCCAGAUGCUAAGAAGCGCAAGUACAACUGGGGAGCUAAGUCAAUCCGCAGAAGAACCACCGGUACUGGUCGCAUGCGCCACCUUCGAAAUGUGCACAGACGUUUUAGAAAUGGAUUCCGUGAGGGCACCACCCCGAAGCCUAAGGUCGCCGCCAACUAA